AUGGUACCACCAGAGCGAGCCCUACCUAAGUCGAGAAACGAUAUCUCGCACAUACUGCCUCGAUCGAGAAACGAUAAUUCGCGAGUGCUAACCCAGUCGAGUGACGAGGACUCGCAGACACCAGCCUCGUCGCAAUCGAGUUACGAUGACUCGCAGCUAUCUGUUGUUGUACAGGGAGACAGGACCUUGUCGCCUAUACGGAGUGAUGAUACCUUUGGAUCAUUUGUAGAUGAUUUACAAGACAUCAUCCAGAGAAAUAACUCACCACCCGGCGGCGACCAGCAACAAGACGACGCUCAACAAGAAGCACUGGAACACCACCCUGAACUCAAAAUUCGCGCUCCGCGCGUCACACUAAACACAUUUAGUGACAGCGAGGAAGAGCUUGCGUUAAUGAAUAUACCUGAAGAGAACAUCAUCCCAACAUUCUUAACAGUAGCCGCAAUGGAAACAGAACCUUUUGAGCCAAAGACUCUGCAUCAAGCGAAGAACGAUGCAAGCUGGCUCGAAUGGGAAAGAGCAAUGCUUGAAGAAGUGAACUCACUCAAACAAAACAAAAAAUGGGAGCUUGUUGAUCCCCCCCCAAAGACCGGCGAGUUCUCAGUGGAAAAUGGGUGUUCAAACUCUAACGAGGACUAG